AUGUCUUUUGACCACUGGACACAUCAGUUCUGCCUCGGCUGCGACAAGCAGACCGAUGGCGCCACCUACUGCUCCGAGUCUUGCCGGCUGGCCGACUACGAGAAGACAUCACCGUCAACACCCAGCUCCGCCGCGAGCUCUCCGGCAUUGAGCGGUCCCCCACCCGACUGGCCCCUCUCCAGGCCAUCGACCACGACGAGCACCAAGUUCUACGUGUCCCCAGCCUACGACUUUGGCCUUGUCCAGCCGAGUACUCGCAGGGACUCGACCCAGAGCCAAACCCUUUCACCGUCGGCGUCGCACACCAGCCUCUGCUCGAUGCGAAGCAACUCGUCUGCGGGACUCGACGCGACCCAGCUAUCUGAAAAGGCGGCGAGGGAACUCCGCGCAUACGCCCGCUCAUUCGAAUCGGUCCGCCUCCAACGCAGGCGCUCGUACUAA